AUGAGUAUCAUUCCUUGGAACGGCCCUAUGGCAUCGACGGGCUUGAAAGCAGCCCCAGCCUUGGCUACGGGAAACGUUUUUAUCUUGAAACCCAGUGAGAAGACGCCUUUGAUGGCAGCCGAGCUUGGAAAACUAGUCAUUGAGGCCGGGUUCCCUCCGGGAGUGUUCCAAGUUCUGACUGGAGACGGCUCCACUGGAGCAGCUCUUGCAUCCCACAUGCGAGUUGCCAAGGUCAGCUUCACCGGAAGCAUCCCGACAGGAAAGGCUGUGCAAGUAGCAGCCGCAAAGAGUAACCUCAAGAGAGUCACUCUGGAGCUAGGGGGAAAGAGCCCAGCAGUGGUAUUUGAUGACGCCGAUAUGAAAAACGCAAUCAACUGGACGGUCAACGCUCUUCUGACCAACACUGGACAGAUCUGCUUUGCGGCCACUCGGUUGUACGUCCAGUCAGGAAUCUACGACAAGUUUGUCGAAGAGUACGCACGUGCUUUCAAAGGCAAACAUCAAGUGAUUGGAGACCCGGACGUCAAGGGCAACGAGAUUGGCCCGGUUGUGGACAAGUCGCAGUUUGACAGGAUCAUGAAUAUUAUUUCGACUGCAAAGACAGAGCAACAAGGCACUCUCCUGUCAGGCGGAAAUGCUCUUGGCUCCAAGGGCUACUUCAUUGAGCCAACGAUCUUCACCGAUACGAGCGAUGACGCUACUAUUUACAAGGACGAAAUAUUUGGCCCUGUGGUGGUAAUCAACAAGUUUGAGACCGAAGAGGAAAUCAUUCGGCGGUCCAACGACUCCAAAUAUGGAUUGAUGGCGGGAGUGUUUACACAGGACAUUCAACGAGCGUUGCGGCUAAGUUCUGCCUUUGACUCUGGAGUGGUCGGUGUUAAUUGCAUCAGCACCAUCACUUUCUCUUGUCCUUUUGGAGGUACCAAAGAAAGCGGGCUUGGACGCGAGAUGGGAGAGCAUGCUCUACGUGCAUAUACUGAACCAAAGACGGUUCUCAUCAACAUGAAUUAUUGA